AUGCAAGACGGAUUUGAAGCUAUCAUCAAAAUACCUUACCAAAUCGCCGGGCCAAGACAUUUUGUGACGGCUACAAAGGUAUUCCCGUUCCUCGGCUAUACAUAUGGAUAUUCCUCUUCAAAUGAUAAUUCUGCCGGCACGGAAUAUAUUAUCAUGGAAAAGGCUGCUGGUGUCGGACUGAAGACAACAUGGCUGGAGAUGAGCAAGCACAAAACACAUAAACUCGCCUCCAGUCUUGUUGAAAUCGAGAAGAAAUUCUUCAACCUUCCGUUUCGAUCCACUGGAAGUAUCUAUUUCAAGGACGAUAUACCUUCUGACCUUCAGGCUCCGCUUUACGAUGAGGCGGGCACUGACUCGAAUACGUUUUGUAUUGGUCCUACAGCAGACUAUAUGUUUUGGCGAGGGAGGAGGGCAUCUCUCGAUAUCUUCCGUGGACCAUGGGUCGAUCCUUGUGAUUAUCUGACAUCUAUUGCCCAAAAAGAAAUUGAAUGGCUGCGACACUACGGAAAGCUGUCGAAACUUGAUUUCCCUCAUAAUGGUUCUACCCCAGGGGAAGUCUCCCCGGAUGAAUAUAUUGAUUUGAACCCAAAUAACAUUUUUGUUUCUCCCGACUCUGGGGCUAUUUCGUGUAUCAUCGACUGGCAGCACACAACAGUGGAGCCACGUUUACUAGUCGCGGGGCAUCCCCGUGCAUUUGAGAAUCCAGACCUUGAACAGCCGGCUGAUCUCAAGGAGCCCUUGCUCCCUUCCGAUUACAAAAGCCUUCCAGGUCAGGCGAAGGCCCAGGCUGAUGAGCUCUAUCGACGCCGUCUCCUCUUCUACUACUACCGCAUAUUCAGUGGCCACUUAAAUAAACCACAUCUGCAAGCUCUCCGAGACCCUAUCCUUUUACCCCGUCAGCAUCUCGUGGAUAGGGCGGGUAGGCAAUGGAAUGGAACCCUUUUGACUCUAAAGGGGGCACUGGUUCGUAUGGUUGGAUACUGGUCCCAUUUGCCUGACACAAGAGGAAUAGUGUCCGAAUUGGAUGGGUUCACUGAGCAAGAGCAAAUGUGGUUUGACUUGAACAAACUUGUGAACUACUGGCGGGACGAGAUUGGCAUCAACGAGGAUGGUUGGGUUAGCAAUGAUCGAUACGAAGAUACGGUGCGAAAAACCACCCAGUUGAAGGAAUCCCUCGUCGAAGCUGCCGAUGGUGAUGAGGAGGAUAUUCGUCUUUUAAACGAGGGAUGGAUGUUUAGGGAUCGGGAAGAGAUUGACUAACAAAGACACUGUUUUAGACUCUUUUCCAUGUUUACUUGAAACCUGAUCCCUUUUAUCUUGGGGUCAAUCAUUACUCCCCUUGCAUACAGUAAGAGCUAGACUUAUGAAAAGGAAGGCUUCAAAGACUUGAAGGCCCAGACGCG